AAUCGAAACAGGUAACCCCAGCUCCUGGCACGCGAUUUGUAAGGUGGUGUAAUAAAGAGAGAGACAAAGGACACACGUGUUAAAGGGCUUCUUCGCCCCGCUCCCACACGUUCUCGUCGCCUGCAGCUCUGUAGGAACCAUACGCACACUUCCAUACACACGCUUAAACUAAGUGUGUGAGAGAGAGAGAGAGCACUUUUGAGUUCUUAGGGCACGGACAAUUGCUUGCAGACAAGCCUACACUCUCCCCCUUUCUUCGGGCUGCCAUUGGAGGCUUGGAAUCUUCUGUUUGGCAAAUUAUUCAGGCCUUAUAUCUUUGGAGCUUUCCCAUUGAGCUUAUGCGAGCCAUUGCAAUUUCAGCUCGAUCAGCAUUUGUUUAUUAAUCUCUUCAAUCCAGUUUCAAGUAGUCCGCAAUUUUCAAUUCUUCAGAAAAUGGUUCACUUUUUGGCAUUCGUCUGGUUUGUCUUGCCACUUUUAUGUAUCCUGGGGAGCACAUCAGCUGGUUAUGUGACUACAUGCUCUGGGAUUGUACGGAUGAGAUAUCGGCGUGACGUUAUUUCGUUAACAGACUUUGGAGGCAUCGGCGAUGGUCGUACUUUGAACACGUUGGCAUUUAGAAAAGCCAUAUACCGCAUUGAACAUUUGAGUAGGAGCGGGGGUACUCUACUGUACAUCCCUCCUGGUGUGUGGCUUACUGGAAGCUUCAAUCUCACUAGCCAUAUGACACUGUACUUAGCCAAAGAUGCUGUCAUUAGAGCUUCACAGGACACCCAAAAUUGGCCCUUGAUUGAGCCUCUGCCUUCAUAUGGAAGGGGAAGAGAACGACCUGGUGGUAGAUAUAUGAGUUUCAUUCAUGGAGAUGGAUUACGUGACGUGAUAAUUACAGGUGAGAAUGGGACAAUUGAUGGUCAGGGCGAGGUUUGGUGGAAUAUGUGGCGGGACAGAUCCUUGCAGUUCACUAGGCCGAAUCUCAUUGAGCUCAUCAACUCUAACGAUAUUAUAAUAUCCAAUGUGGUCUUCCGCAACUCUCCUUUCUGGAACAUCCAUCCUGUUUAUUGUAGCAACGUUGUCAUAAGAUAUGUCACUGUUUUGGCCCCACCAGACUCGCCCAACACAGAUGGGAUUGACCCAGAUUCAAGCUCGAAUAUGUGCAUUGAGGAUAGCUACAUCAGUACUGGGGAUGACCUCGUGGCCAUAAAGAGCGGUUGGGAUGAGUACGGCAUUGCGUAUGCGCGCCCGAGCUCCUUCAUCACCAUCCGCCGCAUCUCUGGCUCCUCGCUUGCUUUUACUGGCAUUGCCUUUGGCAGUGAAACCUCUGGUGGUAUCUCGGACAUCGUUGUUGAGAAUAUAACCCUUGUCAACACUGCUACUGCCAUCUUCCUCAAGACCAAUGCCGGCCGUGGGGGCUACAUCCGAAAUAUCACUGUGAGAGGCGUGCAUUUGGAGAAUGUGACGAAAGCCAUAAAGUUUGCAGGGGAUGUUGGGGACCACCCAGAUGACAAGUACGAUCCUAGGGCACUGCCUGUGGUGGAGGGGGUGAGUAUCUCAGAUGUUUGGGGAGUGGGUGUGAUGCAGCCGGGGUCGAUGAAAGGGAUUAAUGGGGCGCCAUUCAAGGGGAUCUGCCUGUCGAACGUGAAUCUUUAUGGGUGGGUUCCGGGGGCUCAGUGGAAGUGCACUGAUAUCAGUGGGGUCGCACUUGGGGUGCGCCCAUGGCCUUGUGCGGAGCUUGCAGCUACUCAUGGGACUGGUGCAUGUUCACUCCGUGUCCUGAGCUGAGACCUGGUUUUUUUGUGGUCUUCGUAUGGGAUGGAUGGUUUCUGAAGGGUCUUUCCUCUUUGUUAAAGAGUGUUUCUCCCUUCCAUUUCGGCUGGGUUGGGGCUCGCACCCUGCUCAUUCGUGUGAUAAUUGAAUUUAUUCUCUCUUUCUCUGUGAGCCCAUUUGACUUUGUUUGUAUCAUUAUUGAACUCUCUCGGGUCUCGAUUGUAUGAAUUCUUAAAGUUCUAUUUUGCAUUAGGCUCAGUUCUCAACACAGUUCUCAACAAGUGUAUUAAUUAUUUGGUUUGGAGUUGCAACAUGGUAAGAGAGAAUUUACAGCGUAA